AUGACUCGCCCUCGAUUGCACUGGACUCCUGAAGAGAAAAUGGAGGCAGCAAGACGAUCCUGCAAAAAAUAUUAUGACCGGAAUCACGCUAUCAUCAGUUUGAAGGACAAAGCAAGCAUCAAUGUGGACUCUCAGAAAAUUCCUAAACAACGUGUUAAAUUAUGCGCGGGCAGGAGUGGGACUCUAGCAAAUGUAGAUGCUGCACUCAACCGCCUCAUGAACGGCUCCUCGACUGAGCUUUUUGACAACUUAGUCCACAAUUUCAAAGUGAGCACAGACAUCAAGUCUUGCAUCCAGGCUAUCACGACUUUGCUGGUAAAAGUAGAGGAACUCCAACAACAGGUUCAGGAAUGCCAUCGCGCAACUUUGCAACACCUUGGUGUGGGGAAGGAGCUGCGUCAGGUCGAGCUUACUGCUGGAAGAGUAGAUGAUGUUAACAAAGCACUGGAGGAUGUUCUCAUGCACGCUAUGGAUGAUAUACAUUCCCUCCUUUACCAUCAUGCGCGAGGUGAGCUGCUCUAUAAGAAGACCCCUGAUUUUGCUGUGUUGUAG